AUGACGUUUACUGUGGUACGCCGCGGAGGGAGCCUCCUUAAACACCUCCAUGUCAGCGACGCUUUUUCGCGUCCCAUCCGGGUCGCCAUCGCUCAGGGUCAUGCCCGGCGCAUUUGUUUCUCGACUCGUCGCACCGCUUUGCGCCCAAUCGCUCACAACAUUCCGGCUUCGACUGUACUAUCCCGACAGCUGAUCAACACGUUUGCGACCGAGGCCGAGGGGGGAAAGACAUCCAAGUCCUCCGACGGCACCAAGAAGAAGAAGGCGACAAAGAAGAAGAAGGCGGCUAAGAAGCCCAAGAAGGCGAAGAAGCGUGGCCUGACAGAGAAGCAGAAGGAAGCCAAGAAGGCCCGGGACCAGCGACAGCUUAUCAAGGACCUCAAGGCUGCGGCGCUGGAGCCACCUAAGAAGCUCUCGGAAAACUACUGGAACUUGGCUGUUAUGAGUAAGCUUGCUGAGGCGGAGCAGACGUCGCAGAAGGGCUCGCAGGCGUUCAAGGCUGCUACCGAUCUAGCCAAGACCAUCAGCGCGGAAGAGAAAGAGAGAUUCACUUCCAUCGCGGCUUCUAACAAGGCGGCCAAUGUGGCUGCUUACGAUCAAUGGAUCAAGUCACACACCCCGCUUCAAAUUAAAGAGGCCAAUCUGGCCCGCCGUCGGCUUGCAAAGCUUAAGAAGUCAUCUGUCCCGCAGCUCCGAGAUGACCGCCUCGUCAAGCGUCCUCGUACCGCCUUUGUGCAUUACUUUGUUGAGCGCACCGAGGGCGGUGACUUCAAGCACAUGGCCGCGAAGGAUAUCACCUCUCGCGUCACGGAAGAGUGGCGGGGGAUGACGGAUUAUGAGAAGGAGAAAUAUCGACGACUCCAAGAAGCCGACAAGGAGCGUUAUCUCCGUGAAUACCGUGAAGUCUAUGGAGAGGAUCCUGCCAGUGUCAAGUCUGACUCUGAGAGCUCAUGA